AUGUCGGGAAAAAAGGUGCCAACUUACGCGCCCAAUCAAUCGCUAUAUAUCACAAAUAUCCCAGGGAACAAGAUCCAGAAACAGGACAUACGCAGAUCCUUAUACACCCUGUUCUCGACAUAUGGCCCCGUACUAGAUGUGGUAGCUCUUCGGACAGUAAAGAUGAGAGGUCAAGCUCAUGUAGUGUAUCGCGAUGUUCAAACUGCCACACAGGCAAUGCGCGCGUUGCAAGGAUUUGAGUUCUUUGGUUUAGAGAUGCAAAUACAGUACGCCAAAUCUAAGUCCCAUACUAUUGCGAAGCUAGACGGUACUUUCCAAAUGCCUGCUGCCGAGGUUGGCGCCGUUACGUCUACAGAGUUACAACGGAGCAUCUUCAAUGCACCCCCAUCAGCUUCCACAACCGCAAAUACUACCUCUACAGCUCCAGGCUUACUCAAGCCGCCUUCAGGAGCCGAUCACCCAAUGGAUGAUGCUAAAAGUCCCACAACAAGUGUGGCAGGCCAAAAGCGAAGACGCGACGAGGAGGAGGAAGACGAUAGUGAGGAAGAUGUUGCUAUGGAAGAAGACAGCGACGACGAUUAG